AUGAGUAUCUGCACCCUCAUCCACCGCUCCAAAACCCUCACUCAGCUCCUCCAACUUCACGCCCUCUUCCUCAAAACCUCCCUCGACCACCACCCUUUCUUCAUCUCCCAGUUCCUCUUACAAUCCUCUACCAUCUCCCUCCCUUUCGCCGCCUCCUUCUUCCACUCCCUCCCCACCCUCCCACCCCUCUUCGCCUGGAACACCCUCAUCAGAGCCUUCGCCGCCACCCCAACACCCUUCCACUCCCUCACCCUCUUCCGCCUCCUCCAAACCUCUCCCCUCAACCCCGACAACUUCACCUACCCUUUCGUCCUCAAGGCCUGCGCUCGCUCUUCCUCCCUCCCCCUCGGUGGGACCCUCCAUUCUCUCACCCUCAAGACCGGUUUCCGCUCCCACCGCCAUGUGGGUAAUGCCCUUUUGAACAUGUAUGCGGAAUGCUACGCUGUUAUGUCCGCGCGCAUGGUGUUCGAUGAAAUGACUGAUAGAGAUGUUGUCUCCUGGAGCUCCUUGAUUGCUGCCUACGUCGCUAGCAACUCCCCCUUGGAUGCUUUUUACGUCUUUCGUGAAAUGGGGAUGGAGAAUGAACAGCCGAACUCAGUCACGUUGGUGAGCUUGCUAUCUGCUUGUACUAAAACGCUCAAUCUCAGGGUCGGCGAGUCCAUUCAUUCGUACGUUACAAGCAAUGGCAUAGAAAUGGAUGUUGCGUUGGGAACAGCCUUGUUUGAGAUGUAUGCUAAAUGUGGGGAGAUUGAUAAGGCUCUUUUGGUUUUCAAUUCAAUGGGUGACAAGAAUUUGCAGUCGUGCACUAUCAUGAUCUCGGCUCUCGCGGAUCACGGGCGAGAAAAGGAUGUUAUCUCUUUGUUUACCCAGAUGGAGGACGGUGGAUUGCGGCUGGAUAGUUUGUCUUUUGCCGUGAUUCUCUCGGCCUGCAGCCACAUGGGACUUGUUGAUGAAGGCAAAAUGUAUUUUGAUCGGAUGGUGAGAGUGUAUGGCAUAAAACCGAGUGUUGAGCAUUAUGGAUGCAUGGUUGACUUGCUAGGAAGAGCUGGCUUCAUUCAAGAAGCUUAUGAUAUCAUCAAGGGCAUGCCCAUGGAGCCCAAUGAUGUUAUAUUGAGGAGUUUUCUUGGGGCUUGCAGAAAUCACGGGUGGGUUCCUAGUUUGGAUGAUGAUUUUCUGUCUGAACUGGAGUCUGAGUUGGGGGCCAACUAUGUGCUCACUGCUAAUGUUUUUUCCACCUGUGCUUCAUGGAAGGAUGCCAAUGACUUGAGGGUAGCCAUGAAACUGAAAGGGUUGAAGAAAGUUCCUGGUUGUAGUUGGGUGGAGGUGCAAAGUUGA